GAAAAGGAAGAGGGUGCAAUGACCCGUCGAUUAAGAGACAUGAGCGAAGAAGCUAUCGAAACCGGCGGUCGAAGCAGUCGGAAAGCGGUCUCCGAAGCAGGCUUCAGUGAAGAUUUGAGGAAGCAGCUCGAGGAGCGCAUAGCAUCAGCCAAUUUCCGCGCAGAAAAUCGGAACGCCUUCGUGGAAGCGGAACUGCCGUCUCACGCUGGCCGAGGCACGCGAGACAUCGCUACCUCCCAGGCCUGGACAGGAGAAGAGUCCUUGCAUGACGCAAGUCUACGGAUGCUCAACGACGCCUACAAGCCUUUGAAAUCGGGGAGAGGGCCGCGGAUCCCCGGGCCUGCAGCUCCUCCGCCGACACGCGUCGACACUGGCAGGAGCAGCAGCAAGCCAGCGCCGGGUGUGAGGCUCGCGAAUGCAAGGGACCGGAGCGGGCUAUAUAGCAGUCUGAAGGAGUCGGAUAUCGACGAACAAGAGAGGCAGAAACGCUUCCAGGAACUGAAGGAUCGCUUCUCACCACAUGCGCGCACAAUUGUCCCGGGUUCCAUCCAAGGCCUGGCGAGUUUGGCCAACGAACGUAUCGAAAACGCGAUUGCCCGCGGUCAAUUCAAGAAUCUCCCUCGAGGGCAGAAGAUCGAGAGGAAUUACAAUGCCUCCUCUCCCUUCCUGGAUACUACCGAGUAUUUCAUGAAUAAGAUCAUUCAAAAACAAGAUAUCGUGCCUCCAUGGAUCGAGAAACAGCAGGAAUUGAUCAGCACAGCCACCAAGUUCCGAUCGCGGCUCCGGAACGACUGGAAGAGACAUGCGGCCAGGGUGAUAGCCAGCAGAGGCGGAACGCUGGCCGAGCAAAUGAAACGAGCAGAGGCGUACGCAAAGGCCGAACUAAUCGCCAAUCCACAAAAAAGAAAGAAAGAGGAUAUCACGGCAGUUGACGAGUCAGGGCACAUAUCGCAAAUAUCCCUUUCCGGCGAGCUGAAGGUGGCUUCCCCAUCAUCUCCUGGCGCGCCAGUCAUCGAGGAAGUGGUUGCUGACAGGGUGGAACUGGGAACGAUCGGCAAGAUCGGCGAGGUCUCGAGCGACUUGGCACAGCCAGAAGCAACCUCACACACCAUCGAGGUAAAGCUUCCCACUCCUCCUCCUACUGAGGUUGCCCCAGCACCGUAUCCAUUUCGUGAUCCCGACUGGGAAAAUAUCGAAUUGGCAUAUCACAACUUGGCUAUAAACGAUCUCAACAGCAAGACUCGCUCGUACAAUCUUCAGGCACCCAGUCUGGCCAAGAAGCCCUACUUCUCCCUGCAGCGUGAGCUUAAUGCCUGCUUUGCAGACAUGGCACCUUUGCUUGCAGGAGCAAUCAGAGAACGUGCAUUAGCGCCCAAGAAAGUAGAAGGAUUUGGCCAAAGUCUGUCGGGCGGAAAUGGUGUCAUGGAUAGAUUAGUUGGUGAAAAGGUCAAAGUCAGCGAUGAGCGUGUGGAGAGACGCUAUGGCUUUAGGCAAUUCUGGAAAGACAUCUGG